AUGGAGUACCUCUCUGCCCUGAACCCCAGCGGCCUGCUCAGGUCAGUAACCAAUAUGAGCUCUGAGUUUGGCCGUAGAGUCCUGACCUCAGCUCCACCACCCCAGCGACCUUUCCGUGUCUGUAAUCACAAGCGGACCACUCGGAAAGGUCUGACAGCUGCCACCCGCCAGGAACUGCUAGAGAAGGCACAGGAGACCCUGCUGCUGAGUGGAGUGCUGACCCUGGUGCUAGAGGAGGAUGGGACUGCCGUCGAGAGCGAAGACUUCUUCCAGCUGUUGGAAGAUGACACAUGCCUGAUGGUGCUGGAGCUUGGGCAGAGCUGGAGUCCCAUCAGGAGUGGGAUGCUGUCAUAUGGCCUGGGCCGGGAGAAGCCCAAGCACAGCAAGGACAUUGCUCGCAUCACCUUUGACGUGUACAAGCAAAACCCUCGAGACCUCUUUGGGAGUCUGAACAUCAAAGCCACAUUCUACGGGCUCUACUCCAUGAGCUGUGACAUUCAAGGACUUGGCCCAAAGAAACUACUCAGGGAGUUCCUCCGAUGGACCUCCACACUGCUGCAAGGCCUCGGCCAUAUGUUGCUGGGAAUUUCCUCUACCAUUCGCCAUGUAGUGGAAGGGGCUACACAGUGGCAGCAACAGGGUCACCUUCAUCCCUACUGAGAAGGGGCUCGGAGCUUCUGCCCCUAGACUCAUUCUAACAGAUGGCAGUAACGACUGUGACAUCAUCAGGUUUGGGGACCUGUAGACAGUUUCCCCACUGUCUUCUGACCCCAUCAGCAUAAUGCCUUACACCCCUAGCCUAUACCCAUUCCUGAAGAAUGCUGUCCCUUCCUAGCUAUCUUUUCAGCCUCCCACCUACCCUGAAAGGCCACAAGCUUGUCCUAAGCAUCUUGAUACCAUCCUGAAUGCUGCAAACUCUAGAUGUUCCUGCAACUCCUCCUUUCC